AAUUGUGCAGUAACACAGAGAAGUUACAAGCAAAAGACUAAGACGCCAUACGCCUGCAGACUACUAAUAUACCUUAUGUUACUAUGUCAAAUGUGUGGAACUAUAGCGGAGACGUCGACAUAUACAUUAAGAAAUAUUGAUCCAGGAAUAUAUGUAGAGCAAAUUGGAACAGCAACAAUAAAUCGGGGAACAUUCCGAAUUGAAACAAGUUACCAAAGAGAAAGUAUGAAAAUGGACCAUGAAAAAGUUACCAAUGUCGUAACACAGUUUGAGAAUCUGUGCAAAAACGUCAAGACAGUUAUUCAUGAAACACACUGCGAAGACUUUUACCAUCAUAUUGUACAAGAAGAAUCCAAAUUUCACAAAAUUAUACAAUAUUUGACAGAAAUCGAACACACCAGAAGAAAGAGGGGCUUAUUGGGUCGAUUCUUAACUUCAGUCUUUGGUGUCAACGAUGAAGUAUAUAAGGACAUAGAUACACUACAAGACAAUCAGAAGCAGUUAAUAGAAGCCUCGAACCAUCAAACAAAAUUUAUGAUAUCUACUAUCGUCGCAGUCAAUCAAACUGAAGAAAGAAUUCAAAAUAAAUUACAACGAUUUCAAAACAAAUUAAAUCAAGCAAUAGAAUUUAUAAACAACAACAAUGUAUGGUAUAAAACAAUUGAUGAAAAUCACAUUAAAAUUCAAGUAAUGCAAACGUACCAACUAGCAACAAACUACAUCAGUGAAAUUAUGGACAGUUACUCAGGAUUACUGGAAAUUUACUUAGAUAAUGCGUCAGUCUAUAACAUUUUGACUCCAAAAAGUAUUAAAGAAAUAAUAACAACAGCUAAUUCAAAAUUACCGGCAAACCUCAAAAUAGUACAAGCUAAUCUUCUAAAUACAAGAAUGAUACAGAAUACGACACAUAUACAAGUUUAUGCAUAUUACCCUAUCCAUGACAUUUCAAAGUAUACAUUAGUACACGUGACUUCGGUACCAAAAAUAAAUGAGGAUAACACAUUUCAGAGUAUAAAUAUACAAGAACCAUUCAUGGGUUUCGAUUAUAACAACGAAAGAUAUUUUGAACUAAACUAUCAAGAAUAUAAAAACUGCUUACGAAAAGGACAGACUUUCAUUUGUUACCCUGUGGCCGUGAAGAACAUGCAAUCCAACAAGAAUUGCAUUGUUGACCAACUUUUUAAGAAAAGCAAUAACCAAACUCAAUGCACUAUUAGAACAAACAAUAUAACUUCAGACAUUUUAUGGAAACAGUUAUACAUACCAAAUACCUGGUUAUUCGUAACGAAAAAGAUUGUCACCGCUUCAGUCAUCUGUGACGGUCAAAGAGAAGAACUAAGUAUACACGAUGUCAAGAGAUGGAUCCAGACCAGACGAUUGGGACAGCCUGGGGUCCUACCAGAAGCCCCAGUCCACAGCAUCCCGAAGCUACACCGACCGACGAUGACUCCACCUGCCAAACCACCACGGCAGCGGCAGGAAUCUACCAUCGAGCUGUACCAACUGGGAUCCACUUCCUCGGAGGCGCCAGAAUGUUCAGAUGAACCUUGAACAUGGUUGCUCAGCACUACAGAUGCUGGGCACGCGACCUACUAAGAUUCCGCUGACGCGCUGUAAUAC